AUGUCUUCAAAGGCAGUCUUCCAACUCUUCAGCCUCACGCUGUUUUUUGCGUACUGCCUCUCAUUUCCGGUUGGGCACUCAUUUUUGGAAGAUGAUGCUGAUUCUGAUGAACAGGGAACAGAUAUUCUAGAAAUAAAUGCAGCUGCCGGGCUGAACCUCUUUGAAGGAGAUAUUUUACUGCCGAAAAGACGUAGUGUGUCAAGAAACAAGGAGCUCCGAUGGAAACUUCCCAUUCCGUUCAUCCUGCAUAACAACCUCGAUCUAAAUGCCAAAGGGGUGAUCCUUAAAGCAUUUGAAGGAUUCAGCUUGAAGUCAUGUGUGCAAUUUAAACCUUAUGAAGGAGAGAAGUCAUUUAUAACAUUUCAAAAGUCUAAAGGGUGCUGGUCCUCCCUGGGCAAUAUGAAGAUAGGCCAAAAUCUUUCUGUUGGUGACAGAUGUGAUCACAAAGGCAUUGUGACACAUGAAAUCUUACAUGCUCUGGGAUUCUAUCAUGAACAGGCAAGGACAGACCGAGAUGAUUAUGUUAAAAUCUGGUGGGAUCACAUCAAUCCAGAUCAAAAAUUCAACUUCGAGAAAUACAGCUACGACCUUCUCAAUGACUUGAACACUCCCUAUGAUUAUGAGUCCAUUAUGCACUAUGGUCCAUUCUCAUUUUCUAAAAAUGCGAGUUUACCAACAAUUACUGCCAACAUACUUGAAUUCAAUGGCAUUAUUGGUCAACGUCUGGAUUUCAGCAGCACGGAUCUCAAACGACUCAAUCGGAUGUAUAACUGCACCAGCCCGCUUACGCUUUUGGACCAAUGCGAUUUUGAGUCAGCUGAUAUUUGUGGCCUGGUUCAGGACACGAUAGAGAACACCAACUGGGUUCACGAAAAAAGCAACUUUAAAGAUCACAACCAUUCAUUCAACGGAAAGUGUAAAGAUGGGGGCUACUUCAUGUUCUUGAACACCAGCUUUGGGAAGGCCGGAGGAAUAGCCGUCUUGAAAUCUCGUAUUCUGCACCCAAGGAGGACGCAGCAGUGUCUCCAGUUCUUCUUUAAAAUGACAGGAAGCCCUGAGGAUAAGCUUGUAAUUUGGGUAAUGAAGGACGAUGGCUCCGGAACCGUUCGCAGUCCGUUUAAAGUUCAGACUCUUCAAGGAGAAAGUGACAAGAACUGGAAAAUUGCCCAUGUGCCCCUAAAAGUUCAAGAAAAGUUCCGGUAUCUCUUCCAAGGGCGAAACGGUGUCUCCAAUCACUCAUCUGGAGGAAUUCUCAUCGAUGACAUCACUCUCAGUGAAACUCGGUGCCCGAAUGCUGUGUGGCAUGUAGAUAACGUCUCUCAUCUCCUUGGCACCGCUGCUUUGGGGUACAGCAUGACGAGCCCCCGUUUUUAUAGCCCCGAAGGUUAUGGCUACUGUGUAAGUCUAAUUCCCCGAGCCUUGGGUGGUUCUGACUCUGAAAACUACAUCGGCAUUUCUCUUCACUUGACCAGUGGAGAGAACGACGGUGUCCUUGAAUGGCCGGCUCUAAACAGACAGGCUACCAUCACUGUGCUGGACCAAGAUGCUGAUGUGAAGAAGCGGCUGUCCAUCGAAAGGAGCUUCACAACAGAUGAAACGCAGGUUAUGAAAGGAAAAAAUAAUACUUCCAGGUGGGGAAAUCCCUCUGUUCUUGGAAAAUUUGAUCCUGUAUGCAAUUGUAGCAGGAGUGAAGACUGGGGAUGGAGAAAAUUUGCUUCGCAUGAACAGUUGAGACGAAGGAAUUAUUUGAAAAAUGACGCCCUUAUUAUCUUCGUAGACUUUGAAGAUUUAACCUAUCUCAAGAACAGUGCACAUUCCGUUCUGAGAACCUCCUGGCACCUGUCUCAUGACCUCCCUCCGGCUCGGAGGAAAAGACUGGCCCCACUGGAAGUCUUGGCAACUGACCUGAGCGAACCGUGUGACCCAAACCCUUGUCAAAACGACGGCAUCUGUUCCAAUGAUAGAGGGAGCGCAAGCUGCAGGUGUGCCAUGAGCAACAUCUUCUUCUACACAGGCAAGAGAUGUGAAGCAGCGCAUAUUCAUGGGAGUGUCCUUGCCAUAGCCGCUGGAGCCAUAAUAUUCACUGUCGUUAUUGUUUCUAUGCUAAUUAAGGGGUCAAAUGUCUUUACUGAGUCAACCUGA